AUGGAAUUCCAAAGAUUUGGUCCACCACCAUUCGAGGGUACUACUAAUCCAGAUGAAGUGGAAGUUUGGGUAGAACAAAUGGAGAAAGCUUUUGCUGUGAUGAAGUGUAUUAAAGAAGAGAAACUGAGGUUUGGUGUAUACAUGCUUAAGGGUUCUGCAAAUUACUGGGACAAGAUGGUCCAGUUUGAGAAAAAGUUCAUCAAUCUCACUCAGGGUAGUAUGACAGUGGAUGAGUAUGAGAUGGAAUUUGACAGACUUUCCAGAUAUGCUCCGAAGCUGGUGGAUGAUGAUCAGAGCAGGAGUGAUACUAAAGAUCAAAAUAGAAGGUUUCUGAAAAAGAGGGAUAGAAGCUUUGACAGCCAAAGGAACCAUCAGUUAGGAAGUGAAGGAAAGCCUAGGUUGGAGGCGAGACAAAGUGAAUCUCAGACUGUAAAUGGGCCACCAACACAGUGGUCUCGUGGGUUUGCAACUGUUCCGCCUCAUUCAGGACAGAGAUGUGCUACUUAUGAAGGUUCUCAUGCGACUGCAGAUUGUAGACGUAAUACUGGGGCUUGUUUCAAGUGUGGCAGUUUGGAGCAUCGUAUUGCUGGGUGUCUACAGCGGUUUUCUGGGGCACAGAGGACAUCUAGUGUGCAAGAUUCGAGGCAGGUGUCAGCGCCUAAGCCUUAA